AAUGUAUUGUUAUUUUGAAGUCCUUAACUGCAUAAAACCCCAUCAAUUUCAACCUUUUUCAUAAAAAUCCUUCUUCUAUGAUUCUCUCUCAUAAUGGGCUCAGAAAUCGAGAUUCCAACGAACACCCAACAACCUCAUAACCAACACAAUCCUAACAUCGCUUCAACCCAAAAUCACGGUUACGAAUCGGUUACCAACAAAAGUGAAAGCACUCACCGUUGUGGCGGUGAUGACGUCCGCAGUGACAGCCGAGUAACGUUAGUCCACCCUCACUCCCUCCUUCCCAUGCCAGUCCCGCCGCAGAAUUUCCAAUCAAACCAAAACGACGUCGCUCUGCCCACCUUCUCCGUCGGAAGCUUCUUCCGCCAGCGGAGCAGCGACCUCUCCGCUGCGAUCGUGAAGCGCGUCUCGUCGCUCCGCGAGUCUGUGGAGGAGGAUAACGACGGCGAGGGCGAGAAACGAGGAGUGACGGAGUUUAAUCUCUCCGGGGUGAAGGUUGUGGUGACGGCCAAGCCAGAGGAGGAGGAGGCGUCGUUGAGAGGACGCAUAAGCUUCUUCUCUCGGUCCAAUUGCCGAGACUGCACCGCGGUGCGGAGGUUCUUCAGGGAGAAAGGACUGAGGUUCGUGGAGAUAAACGUGGACGUGUUCAGCGAGAGGGAGAGGGAGCUGCGCGAGAGGACGGGGACUGGUUCUGUGCCGCAGAUUUUCUUCAACGAGAAGCUGAUCGGAGGUCUGGUGGCGCUGAACUCGCUGCGGAACAGCGGGGAGUUCGACCGGAGAGUGGCGGAGAUUCUCGGCGGGAAGGCGGCCGAUGGAAACGCGCCGUGGCCGCCGGCGUACGGGUUUGAUUGUGCAGAGGAGGAUCGCGAGGACGAGAUGGUUGGAGUGGUUAGGGUUCUGCGGCUGAGGUUGCCGAUUCAGGACAGGUUGCGCAGGAUGAAAAUGGUUAACAACUGCUUCGAAGGAAACGACUUGGUGGAGGCGCUGAUUCAGCACUUCCACUGCGCGCGUAACGAGGCUGUUGAAAUCGGACAACAAUUAUCCAAGAAGCACUUCAUCCAUCAUGUUUUCGGGGAAAAAGAUUUUGAGGAGGGAAAUCAUUUAUAUCGUUUCCUUGAACAUGAACCUUUUAUCCCCAGAUGUUUUAAUUUUCGUGGUACCACAAACGACAGCGAACCAAAGGCAGCUGCUGCAAUAUGCAGUAGGCUUGCGAAGAUUAUGUCUGCCAUUCUUGAGGCUUUUGCUUCUGAUGACAGGCAACAUGUUGAUUAUGAGGCCAUUAGCAAAAGCGAAGAAUUUCGUAGGUAUGUAAAUAUGACUCAGGAUCUACAGCGUGUGAAUAUCUUGGAACUAUCAGAAAACGAGAAACUUGCAUUCUUCUUAAAUUUAUAUAAUGCUAUGGUCAUCCAUGCCGUUAUUAGCGUAGGGUGUCCAGAAGGUGUAAUUGAUAGGAGAUCCUUCUUCAGUGAUUUUCAGUAUGUGGUUGGAGGGCAUCCUUAUUCUCUUAACAGUAUCAAAAAUGGUAUCCUCAGAUGCAAUCGGAGGUCACCUUAUUCCUUAGUAAAGCCCUUCAGCACAGGAGACAAGCGGUUGGAGGUUGCUCUGGUCAAGUUGAAUCCGUUAUUGCAUUUUGGACUUUGUAAUGGUACAAAAUCGAGCCCAAAAGUUAGAUUCUUCUCACCGCAUAGAGUUGUAGACGAGUUAAGAGUUGCUGGAAGAGAGUUCUUUGAGAAUGAUGGAAUUGAAGUGGACCUGGAGAAGAGAACUGUUUAUCUAACUCGGAUUUUCAAAUGGUUCAGUGGAGAUUUUGGACCAGAGAAAGAAAUAUUGAAGUGGAUACUAAAUUACUUGGAUCCAAAUAAGGCUGGUCUUGUGACACAUCUCUUGGGAGAUAGUGGACCAGUUCAUAUCUCUUACCAGAAUUUUGAUUGGUCAAUAAAUUCUUGAGUAGUAUGCCAUUUAAUUUCUGCCACUGAAUAUAGGGUAUGCUUAAUACACGUGUACCAUAUUCUGGUAUCUUAGGAGACAAGUAGACAGAAUUUAAGUGAUAAUUUGAUCUCUAAAUAGAUAAUUGUAGAUUUCAAAUCAUUUUUGCACGCCAGGUGCAGAUCAGUUAUUGUAGAAACUCUAGAUCAUAUAUAGUUUGAAUUGAGAAUUUUCCUCAGAAAAAAAAAAAGGAAAAUUUGUGGGUAAGUAGGAACAGAUUCUACAUAGAAUUGGCUGAUAGAAUGUGGACCCAUAGUUGUUUCUUGGGAAGGUAUUAAAUCAUACCAUUGCAAAUAUUAUUGA